CCCAUUAACCAUUGCCUAGAUUAACUGACUUCAAGCCUUACCUCACCAACGAUUAAAAACGUACACACGAUUACCGGGCCAAAUUUGAAAGCACAUCUACAUAGACAGAGAUAGGGUCCGUCAACAUGUCGUCUUCGGAGUCUAACGUGGACCCGCAAGAACCAAGGGAGAACGAAUAUACGGUUGGGUGGAUAUGCGCCUUGCAGGAGGAGUAUGAAGUUGCGUGUAAGAUGUUGGACAGAAGGUUCAAGGGCCCUCGAAUGGCUCACCCGAAUGAGGACAACACCUACGAAUUCGGCCAGAUUUCGGAUCAUUAUGUGGUCAUUGGGUGUCUUCCGUUUGGCGAUUAUGGCACGAAUUCGGCAGCCGCCGUCGCAAAAGACAUGGUACGCUCGUUUCCCAAACUUCGCUUCGCCUUACUGGUGGGCAUCGGUGGAGGUGCUCCUACAAGAAAAGAUGAUAUCCGGCUUGGAGAUGUUGUUGUCGGCGCCGGGAAGGGAGUCCAUGGGGGCGUCAUACAGCUAGAUGCCGUGAAAAGAUACAAAUCAGUCGAUGGCAGUCUUUCUACCCAAUUGUGGCGUCAUUUGAACGGCCCUCCAAACGUGUUGCUUGGAGCACUACCGAAAAUCCAAGAACGCUACAAUGACCCAGACGAGGUCGAUAAAAUUGCCCAAAACAUGGAACGAAUGUCUAACCGUCCCGAGUUUGAGCGACCUUCCGAUGACCGGCUUUACCGUGCUAGUUACCCGCAUCAAGGAGGAUCAGACUGUGAGAAUUGCGAUGCCGAGGAACUGGUGACGCGGGUUGAAAGGGCUGUAACUCACCGUGUUGUGAAGGUACACUAUGGUACAAUUGGCAGCUCUAACUCUCUCAUGAAGAUGGUCGACGAGAGAGAACUCUAUGCUAAUGACCCAGACCUAAGGAUUCUAUGUUUCGAGAUGGAAGCUGCCGGUCUCGUGAACACAGUUCCCUGUCUGGUGAUUCGAGGCAUAUGCGAUUACGCCGAUUCACACAAGAACGAUGAUUGGCACAACUAUGCCGCAUUAGCCGCUGCCGCGUACGCGAAAGAACUCCUUGAUAAUUUACGGGCAGAGAAGGUUACGGAGCAACCUGGAUGGGGGAGUGUGCUUGAUAAAGGUACGCUUAUGCGUUAAUUGACGUUCCAAUGUUCCUGGUUUGGUGUUUACUCCUCUUAGC